AUGAAGCUGUCUCUGCUGUCGCUGGCGACGCUGGUCACAGCCGCUGUGGCUGACCUGGACCCGAUUGUGAUCAAGGGCUCCAAAUUCUUCUAUUCCAGCAACAACACCCAAUUCUACCUCCGUGGCGUGGCGUAUCAACAGGAUACGAGCGACAGCAGCAGCUACAAGGACCCCCUGGCGGAUGCCGCCGCGUGCAAGCGCGAUAUCCCCAUCCUGCAGGAGCUGCGCACCAACGUCAUCCGCACCUACUCGAUCAACGCCAGCGCCGACCACUCCGAGUGUAUGCAGCUGCUGUCGGAGGCGGGCAUCUACUUGAUCUCCGAUCUGUCGGACCCCACCCAGUCGAUUGACCGGAGCGAUCCCACCUGGCUGACCAGCCUGUAUUCUCGCUACACCAGCGUGAUUGACGAGCUGUCCCAGUACAACAACACCAUUGGCUUCUUCGCCGGCAAUGAGGUCGCCAACACCGUGGCCACCACGGACUCCGCCGCCUUUGUCAAGGCAGCCGUGCGCGACAUGAAGACGUACAUCAAGGAGAAGGGCUAUCGGUCGAUGGGUGUUGGAUACGCCACCGCCGAUGUCUCGUCGAUCCGGGUGGACCUGGCCGACUAUUUCGACUGCCAGAGCAGCGACGAGUCCGUUGACUUCUGGGGCUACAACAUUUACUCCUGGUGCGGCAACUCCACCUACGCGGAAUCCGGAUACCAGGACCGCACGGAGCAGUUCCGUAACUACACCGUCCCCGUCUUCUUCGCUGAGUACGGCUGCAAUGAAGUAACCCCUCGCACCUUCACGGAGGUGAAGGCGCUGUACGGGGAUACCAUGUCCGAGGUCUGGUCCGGUGGUAUUGUGUACAUGUACUUCCAGGAGACCAACAACUACGGUAAGACAUCGGAGCGUCCGCUCUUGACGGGAGCCAUGCUAAUGAGACCCCGCGUUUCUUUUCCCCCCUCAAUAGGUCUAGUUUCCGUCGUCGAUAGCACCAGUGUCAGCACCAUGUCCGACUUCAAAUACUACUCCAGCGAGAUCGCGAGCGCCAACCCCACGGGCACCAACAAGGCUUCCUACACCCCGACCAACUCGGCCCUGCAAAGCUGCCCGACCGUGGGCAGUGGCUGGCAGGCCGAGGCGUCCCCUCUGCCUCCCACCCCGGAUGCGACCCUGUGUGAGUGCGUGUACGAGGAGUCUGCCUGUGUCGUGUCAAGCGACGUCUCUACCAGCAAGUACGGCACUCUGCUGGGCACUGUCUGCGGCUACACCGACUGCGCUGGGGUGAACGGCAACGCCACCACGGGCGAGUACGGUGCUUACAGCAUGUGCGAGAUCAAGUACAAGCUGGCCUUCGCCCUGAACAAGUACUACAAGGAGCAGGGCAAGUCGGCCACUGCCUGCGACUUCUCCAGCUCGGCCACCACCAAGGCCACCACCGCCGCGAUCGGCACCUGCUCGGUGCAGAUCAAGGAGGCCGGCUCGGCUGGGACUGGCAGCGUCACCACCGAGGCGACCGCGACGGCCGACUCGUCCUCGAGCUCAUCCACCUCGUCCAGUGCCGGCGCUCCUGCCAACCUCCACUCGAGCGUCGCCGUCGGCUACUUCCAGGUCGGCGCGUACGUGGCUACUGCCUUCCUGACCGGUCUGGGCAUGAUCCUGCUGUAA